GGGCUGGCUUCCGGCAGCAAAGGGUAGCAAGCGGCUGCCGGCUGGGGGAGGGGGUGUCGGCGCACCGCGGAGUGCUGUGCUCCAAGAGCCUGGCACUCGGAGCUGCCACCUCCCCCUCCCCCAGUCAAGACAGCUAUAAGCCCCUUCUCAUCCCUCCUGCCCGGGCGGGGCGAGGAGGGUUCAGCUGCCCCAGGCGGGCGGGGCGGAGCCUGGAGCCCCACCGAGCGAGCGCUGCGGAGCGAUCCUCACCUCCCUUCAAGGGCUCAAGUGUGAGUGACUGCCUCAUGUUGUGUUGAUGCCAGUCUGCCAUGCUAGCCUGUCUACCAGGGCCAGGUGACCUGUCCUUUCAGCUUCUUCCUCACACGCAGAUGAACACUGGACUUCAGAAAUGGGACACUACACAGAAAAUGAGAGCUGCUCACUAUCCUACCCCAGCCGAAUUGGACGCGUAUGCUAAGAAGGUCGCAAACAACCCACUGACUAUAAAAAUCUUCCCCAACAGUGUGAAGGUUCCCCAGCGGAAACACGUUCGUCGUACUGUGAACGGCCUCGACACAUCAGCCCAGCGCUACAGCCCCUACCCGACUCAGGCAGCCACCAAGGCAGGCCUGCUUGCCAUUGUCAAAGUGCCAGCCAAAAGCAUACUCAAGGACUUUGACGGCACCCGAGCCCGAUUGCUCCCUGAGGCCAUCAUGAACCCCCCAGUGGCGCCCUAUGCUACUGUGGCACCCAGCACUUUAGCCCACCCCCAGGCCCAGGCUCUGGCCCGCCAGCAGGCCCUGCAGCAUGCACAGACCCUGGCCCAUGCCCCUCCCCAGACGCUGCAGCACCCUCAGGGUAUCCCGCCACCCCAGGCGCUGUCCCACCCUCAGAGCCUCCAGCAGCCUCAGGGCCUGGGCCACCCUCAGCCCAUGGCCCAAACCCAGGGCUUGGUCCACCCUCAGGCCCUGUCUCACCAGGGUCUCCAGCACCCCCCCAAUCCCUUGCUGCAUGGAGGCCGGAAGAUGCCAGACUCAGAUGCCCCCCCGAAUGUGACCGUGUCUACCUCAACUAUCCCCCUUUCAAUGGCGGCCACCCUGCAGCACAGCCAGCCCCCGGACCUGAGCAGCAUCGUGCACCAGAUCAACCAGUUUUGCCAGACGAGGGCAGGCAUCAGCACUACCUCAGUGUGUGAGGGCCAGAUCGCCAACCCCAGCCCCAUUAGUCGCAGUCUGCUCAUCAAUGCAAGCACCCGGGUGUCGACCCACAGCGUCCCCACGCCAAUGCCUUCAUGUGUGGUCAAUCCCAUGGAGCACACCCACGCGGCCACAGCCGCGUUGCCUGCCGCAGGCCCUGUCAACCUGCCCACGGGCAUUUCUCGAGCCCCUGCUGGCUACCCUAGCGACCUCAAGCCAGUCGCCUGGAACCAGCACCAGCUGGCCCACCUACAGCAGAUGUGCAGUGAGGCCGGUGGGACGCCGGCCCCUGGCCUGACAGGCAAGCACGCAGCAGGACGCGAGUUGGCAGGGCCUGGCUUUGUGGGCAAGGCCCCUGCCUACCCGCAGGAACUCUGCCUGGCACAGUCCUUCCAUCUGAAGCCACCCCUGGAGAAGCCAACCCCAUCCCCACCUGUCAACGGCCUGGCGGCCCCACUGGCCUACCCCAAUGGUCACUACUUCCAACCCCUGUGGAACAACAUUCUGCCCACUCCCAAUAGCGACAGCUCGGGGUCUCAGGACCUCGCCAUGCCGUUCCACGGUGGGCAGCCCACGGGUGCACCCCUUGACUGUGGGACGGCUGCUGGGGCCCACUACCGAGCAGGGGCCGGGGGCGGUCCAGUGGCAACCCAGAACAGCUUGAUGCAAACAGUGGAUUACCUAAGCGGGGAUUUCCAGCAGGCCUGCUUUCGAGAACAGAGCCUGGCUAUGCUGAGCAAGGCCCACCGAGCCCCUGGCAACCGAGCCCCUGAUCCCGCAGAUAGUCGAAAUCUUCAUAUUCAGCACCCUGGGUAUAGAUAGGUAGCCCCGGUGCCCUCCACAAGCUACACGUCAUACAUCACCCUCCUAGGUUUAGACUUACUUUUGAGUAAUUGGAUAGUUUCAGAGUUUCGCUGCUCCAAUGUGAUCAUUCUUAGAGGUCUAAGAAAGGGAAUUUGGUGGGACCUAUUUGAGGACAGCGGGGGAUCCCCUGGUGCCCUCACCCUCCCCUCCACCAUCCCCAGCAACUUCUGGGUUUAUGUUAGGACCUAAUCCCAACUCCAAGCUUUUGUCUCUACUGCCUAUCAGUCCCUCCACCUUGACCAUUUCCCCCCAGCCACCUCCUGCCUUUUCUUGCAUCUUUGCCCAUUUUCCUUAGGACUGAGGUGUGGGGUAAGGAAGGGCCCUAGGUGAGGUGGCCGUAGGUGCCCAGCCCCUUAAGCUAGGACUUUCCCUGUCUGCCUCUGUCUCUUUGGGACUAAGAACCCAGACUUCCCAAGUGCUCUGGAAGUUAAUUCCUUCUUCACCCAAAGAUCUCAAAACUGACCCAAUCUUCACCUCCUCCCACCCCUCUCCAUUCCUCAGGGCUUUGUUUAAAUCUGGAUUCCAGAGUCACUGCAUUUGCCCUUGCUACAUUCAAGGGCACCCUGUAGGCACUUGGCCAUAGCCUUGAGACCUGGGGGAAAAAAUGCGUCUUUGUGUUGGUAUCUUAGUUCCUGACACCCCUUUCCAGCCCUAGAGAAAGGUAGUUAACUGUCCAGCACACCCAAGAUCCCUUUCUCACUGUUGUCUCUCUCCCAACUCACCUGCUGCUCCCAUCCCCCACACCCCUCCAAAAACACAAGCAAAACAAAAUAGGAUCUUGAGAAAUUAGGUAGGUAAAGAAAGGAUGAUCACAUUGGAGUUCGGAAUUAAAAACACCAAAAAAAAAAAAAAAAUGCAUUUGGUUCUCUACACUGGCUAAGAAUAUUGCUCUACACUGUAAGUUUUAAAUGUCCUGUUUCUGUAUGAAUGUAGUGUGGGUUUGAGUAGCGUUGUGUGAGCGGCCCCACAGGUACAUUCACCCUCUAGUCACCUCCUUUUGCAGCCCCUCAGUAUAAUGAAGAAAGAAAG